AAUCUGAAAGGGGAUUUUUGCUGUAUCUUGGCUCAGAUGGUGGUACUCAGCACUGGUUAGUUGGUCCAGAUGUCGGAGGACCAGCGGCACCAGCGGGCCGAAGCCUCCCGGCGGGGGGAGGCCGGUCUGGAGGCGGGGGAGGGCGACACGGAGCCCAGCAUGCUCUUACAAAAACUCAAGAGCAACAUCUCUAAGAGUGUUCAGACCAAAGUGGAUCAGAUCCUGCAAGAUGUUCAGCGUUUCUCCGACAAUGACAAGCUGUACCUGUACCUCCAGCUGCCCUCUGGACCCAGCUCCGGAGACAAGAGCGGUGGUGACUCCAGUUCAUUCAACACGGCUGACCAGCUUCACACCUGUAACUGGAUCCGUAGUCACCUGGAGGAGCAUUCAGACACCUGCCUGCCCAAACAGGACGUCUAUGAGACAUACAAGAGAUACUGCGAGAACCUGCAACAUCGUCCUCUGAGCGCUGCCAACUUUGGGAAGAUCAUCAGAGACAUUUUUCCCAACAUCAAGGCCCGACGGCUCGGCGGCAGAGGACAGUCCAAGUACUGUUACAGCGGCAUCAGGAGGAAGACGGUUCUCAACAUGCCGCUGCUGCCCAACCUGGACCUGAAGAAUGACCCGGCAGAGCUGACUGAGCUGGUCCAGACGUAUAAACAGGAAGUGACGGAGGCGGCGUGCGAGCUGAUCUGCGAUUGGGCGCAGAAGAUCCUGAAGCGCUCGUUCGACACGGUGGUGGAAAUCGCUCGCUACCUGAUCCAGGAGCAUAUCGUGAACCCCCGCUGCAGCCAGGCCGAGCUGGUGACCUCCGCCGCCCUCGCAGGAGGUCCAGCUAAACCCCACAAAGUCAUCAAGAAGACCCCCGUCAUCUCUAAAGCUGAGAGUGACGGCGCUGCUGAUCAAAAGAGGGAACUCGGAGACUCUUCCUCCUCGUCGUCAUUGAAGCUGCCAGCUGGAGACAAAUCAACAGCGGCGGCUAAACCUUCCUCCCUGGACUCUCCGCCUCCUCCUCCCUCCUCCUCCUCCUCCUCCUCGUCUCUGCGGCCUGCUGUGGAGGCCUUCAUGAAGCAGUUACCCAGAAUCCUCCCCCGGAGCUCCAUCCCCGAUAAGGCCCAGCUAUCUGUCCGCUCCUCUCCGCCCUCGCUGGCUCCCAAAGAUGCCUCAGGUGUCGGGGGGGCGUCCGGACCCGGAGGACCCGCCGCUGCCGCCGCCGCCAGCGGCGGUGGGGUGAAGGUCAUUGCCAUGGCGACGCUGCCCCAGCAACAGGGUGGGCCAGUUCCAGUGAUGAUCCUGCCUCAGGGCUGUCUUUCUUACGAGAGGGAGAAGGUCGCCCCGCCACCACAACCUCCUCCUCAGCAGCAGCAGCCGUCCCCUGCAGCCCCCACCUCUGUGGUCCAGAAAGCACGAGGGAGUGCCAGCAAACGCCCCCUGGAGGUGGUGACGCCAGGCGGCACCGUGGGCGUGUCCGGCGGCUCUGCUGCCAACGCUCCUCCGGUGAAACGGAAACGUGGACGGCCAAGAAAACCUCGGCCAGAGGACGCCCUGCCUCCUCCUCCUCCUCCUGCUGCUCCUCCCCAGCCCUCCCCGCCUGCACCUCCUUCCCACCCUCCUAUCAUCACCUCCCUGACAGGAGGAGUCAUCCAGAAGGCCUCUUCCUCCUCCUCCUCCUCCUCGCAGCCUGUGCUGGAGUUAGUGAUCCAGGACCAGCCGGGGCUGGUUCUGAGCCCGCUGCCGGCGAUGUCUGACCCGGCUCACCGGCUGAUGGAGCACCGGGGGGUGGUGGUGCAGUGUCAGCCGGGCACAGCGGUGGAGACGGAGCGCCACAGCCGGCCGCUGCUGCUGUUCCAGAGUCCGGGGAACCCCAGCUGGGAGCUGGCGGCGUCAGGGCGGACCCCGAUGGUGGAGGUCAUACAGAAAGCUCCGAGGCCGAGCAAUAACAACAGCAGCACCGCCCCUCCACCCACAGCGCACCUCCAUCCUCCUCCUCUUCCUCUGCCCACGCUGCACGAGGAGCAGGGGGAGGUGGAGAUCACAUUGACGCCGGUAGAGCUGCCCGUCAACCCACCGCUGCCUUCCGCCUCCACCUCUUCUUCCUCCGCUGCUCCGGCCUCCUCUUCCUCCAUCUCCUCCAUCGCUCUGGUGAAAAAUGAUGAGGAGGAGGCUGAAGAGAGCAGUAGCACCUCCUCAAAGAGAGAGGGUCACUAGGUCUCAUCGCUCUUCUUCCUCGUCCUUUUUAUCAGCCCCCCUCCCUCGCUCAGCUCUUACCUCACUGCAACGAAGCCCCGCCCCCUUACCUCUCCUUCUCCUUAUUGGUGGAAAUCCCAGAUUGGUGACGGCAUAGAGCCAAUCGAGGAGGAUAAAUGAAGCCAAGACCUCGACUGUCUUUCCAUCAGCUCCCAUUGCACCUGUAAACAUACUGGAUGCUUUUAGAAACCUGCCGUUCUGUAACUGCAUGUCUGUCUGUCUGUCUGUCUGUCUGUCAGAAGAACUGAUCCUCAGGUGGCCGGGCCUGACGUCAGACCUCUCCUCCUUCCUUGCCUCCUCGCCUCCUUUUAUCCUUUACCUCCUUGUGCUGGGGUUUGGUCAUCUGCUGCUUCAGAUCAGCCAGUUAAUAGAAAAACAACACAGACAGAAGAAGGAGGACAUAAAGGAGGGAGGGAGGAUGAAGUAAUGGAGGCAGAGGGGAAGGAGACGCGUGUUCAGUGUUGGAUCAGGCCCCAGUUCAGCCUGGAGUGGAUAGAUCCAGUUGGUACUACGGGUCAGGGCCUUGAAAAGGUUCUUUGAGCUACAUUAAAAAAAAGACCUCUGAAACAGAGUUCAGCAGAGAUUCACCUUCAGCUCAGCGGUGCAGAUUUCUGGAACAUCUGUGAUUGCAGGGCAAUAAAGAUGGAUGUUUGGAAGCCUUGAAGAGUUCAGUAACUCAACUAAAAGUGGAGCAUGACGUCCGGUUACGAUGGAGCUGAUGGUGAAUCGAAGCUCAGCUCUGCUCUCAACAGCUUUGGUUUGUUGUGUUUGUGGGUUUAGUAGAUAUUUCUGACUGUGUGUGUGUGUGUGUGUGUGUGUGUGAGAGAGAGACAGGAUGAGUCGAGACACAACAUGUCAAUGCUGUCAUAACUCCACAUUACCCUGAAACAUUGUGUAAAUGAGCCUUGUUCAUAUGAAAUUCAGUCAUUUCUUUAUUCCGGUUAGUCAAGACGGAAACACAAAAACGCAAACGAGCCUGGUCCAGGUCCGCGGUGGGCGGCGGCCAUGUUUGUUUACGUUCAAAGUCCUGUUCUCCCGUCAUUUCCUGCGCCGCGAUCCGCCGGGCUGGGUAUCAUACUACCAGGCAGCGCUGGCUCCAUUCUGGAUCUGGUUCCAGUCUCUUACUGCCUCUUCCUCAGUUUGACAUUAAAACAGCCCCAGCAGGAGCUCGUCAGCUUCAGAUAAUUAGUGUUGCCUGUGAAUAUUCUCAUUCAUCCAGGUCAUUGUAAGCUUUAGGGCCUUCAGUCGUUCUCAGCUGGACCUCGUCGGUUUGUCUUAGAAGACGUUUCCUCUCAUCCGAGCAGGCUUCAUCAGUUCAUGCGCACCAGACCAGAUAGGACAGCUGUAGUCCUGACGAGGUCCAGUUGGGAACGAUUGAAUGCCCUAAAGCAUAACUAGCGUUAAUUCAAAGUAACUUGGGGACAAAUUAAACGUUUGCCCAGUUAACGUUCGCGCUGCAGUCGGCCAAAGAUCAUCCGUUGGCUGAAGAUGCUUCACUCUGUGACGUCGCUGUAGGAUCAGGAAGUGCUGCACGUUGAUGACGAGACAUGAGAGAGCAACAGAUUCUGAACUAAAUCUACUCUUUUGUUUCCUUCUGGAAAGAAGGUGUUCGCCGGGGCUGUCGACCAAUAUUCAAAUCCAGUUUAUUAUGAGUAAUAAUAGUAUUAAUUAUUUAAAAAAAGGCCUUACGUUCGAUUCUGUAAAAAAAGAAAAGAAAGCCACAGUCACACAUGCAGUCGAACAUAUCGAAGUCUCUCCUGUCAGACUGUCAUGUGAAAAUAUGAAAUAUUCCGGCUCCACGCGUCGUUUGUCCCACUGUUUCUCUGACGUCCGCCCUCUCUCUCUCCUGAUUGGCUGAAUGAAGAGUUUAUUUCUACCAAACCAGAGUUAGCGAUGAUUGUUGGAGCAGUGAAAGAUGAUGAAGAAGAAGAGGGGUUAGUUGAGUUUAGUUCUGUUUUAGCUGUGUUUGAAUGAUGGUAAAAUAGUGUUUUUGUGAAUGGAGUCUGGUGGCUUUGGCGAGAUUAAUAUAACAGCUGUUAAAUAUCAGAGGUUUGACACCCAGCCCUGCCAACCACAGUGACAGCCGGCGGGGUUUUUCUUUUCGACCCGAGUUUCCUCCAUGCCAAACAUGUGAGACUGACAUUAGCACUUAAAAUGUGUACCCCCUCCCGCUGAACUCGCCUCCAGCAGAGCUGGCUAGGAUGUAAAUCUCAGUGAGGAAGUGAUGAGCUGUGGCGUCUGAUUGCAGCCUUUGAGGUAAACCCCGCCCACAGAACUGUAAAAGUUUGGAUUUUGUCCUUUCCCGUAGCAGAAAAUGUCGUGAGCUCGAGCACAAAGAGCUAAGCACAACGUCACCCGCCGCAUAGCACUGAAAACAUGUCAUGGAUGCAGUAAAAACAAUGUGUUAUUGUGGAAUAUUCUGCAGCACUGAGCUUUAGUACAUGAUUAGCCGGCUUAGUUGUUGUCGUGUGUUGCCAUGCGCCCUUUGCACUAACUCUGCGACCACCUCUCGAUCAUGAAGCACCGUCUGGAUCAGCAAUGUGACAUGCCCUUCAAGAGAAAAGACUAUCCAUCAGUUAGUCUGACACAAAGAGACAUUUGAAGACGUCACAAUGGACUUUUUCAGAUCCAAAAUGAUUAAUUCACCUGUUGAUUGAGAAGAUAAUCAGCACGUUAAUUGAUGGAUGGAAAAUCACUGAUGGACUUUCAUUAAAUCCCAAACGGGGGAGUUCAUCACAGCAAGUCUCAUUACUAACUUCCUGUCACGUCUUUUCAAAAUGACAGCAUUAACCUGGUGCACAGUUUGUCCAAACUUUCCCUGUUUCAUGAAUAAGAAUCCUUUAAAAAGAGCAACUAUUACUGACAUUGUUGAUUAAUCUGCUGAUUGUUCUCUCAGUUGUUGGAAAAGGUCACAGCGGUGAAGGUGACGUCUUCACGUGUCUUAUUUUGUUCAACCAACAGUCGAAAAGCCAAAGAUUUUCACUUCACUAUCUCAUAAGACAAAUUAUAUUAUAAAUUAUAUUAAAGAGCUGGAACCAGACUGUGAAAACAACAAAAAUGAUCAAAGUAGUUUAGAUAAAUUUAUCUAAUCGUCCUUUCAGCUAUAAAGGAAAGAUAAAGGGAAUUUAAGUAACUCACAGAGGUUUUAACCCUCUUUGUUAACCAGGAAGUGCUGGAGGAAGAGUGUUUCCUCAUGAGUCAGUACUGAAAAAGGGCUUGUAUCUGUCAGAACCUCCUCCUCUUCUUCUUCUCUGGAGGAGUUGUUUGACGCUCCGUCGUCAUGGUAAUGUCACAUUGCUGACAUCUGUUUUUCGCCUCUUCCGAACUGCCUCUCCCUCCUCGUGAGGGUGUCUUCUUCAUCCUUGGUGCUACAAACGGCAGGGCUCGGCGCCGCCGUCGGCCUUCGCUGGUUUUCAUCCUGUGACCGCAGAUUUGUACAAAAACCCUUUUUUUGUCUUGUCGACGCUCGCACAUCAAGGUGUGAAUACAGUGUGUGUGUGUGUGCGUGUGUGUGUGCGUGUGUGUGUGUGCGUGUGCGUGCAUGCUUUCCCUCCGUCCUGUGAUAACGAGAGCUUCAGGCUGGUUAAAGGGACACUGAAACACGUUAUGACUGUUAAACUAUACCUGUUGCAUGAUGGGAAAGUGAGUUUAGGCGCUCUGCUGUGAGGUGAGUGCACCCUGGCUGCUAAAAGAAGCAGUUGUAAUGCCAACCUGUCAUUUUCCUCAGUGUGGUGAAGUGCCAGUGUAAGCAGGACUCGUUCCUCGUGAUGGCGUCUCGUCUCCCUUUAACCGCCGAGCCUCAGCCCUUUUCAGACAGAACUGAAACAAAUGAAAAGUUGCACUGUUAAAAGCUCAAACAACAGAAAGUCUUUGUGUGUUAUGAAUUUCUGGUUAUAUGCAUCGAGAAAAUACAUUGACAGGUAUUUAUGAGUGA